AUUGGCUGAAUUCACAGCAAUAACAUCUGAUGGUAGGAUCAGAGUCCAACUGGAUUUUGAGGAAGAGAUACUCACACCGUCUUUGUGUCUCCAAGAGGAGAAAUGGCGCAGAAAGGAGUUGAUCUGGAUCAAGAAACCAUCAGCUGUUCCAUCUGUCUGGAUCUGCUGAAGGAUCCGGUGACUAUUCCCUGUGGACACAGCUACUGCAUGAAGUGUAUUCAAAGAAACUGGGAUGAAGAGGAGAUAAUCCACAGCUGUCCUCAGUGCAGGAAGACCUUCACACAGAGGCCUGUUCUGGUGAAAAGCACAGUGUUAGCAGAUUUAGUGGAGCAGCUGAAGAAGACUGGACUCCAAGCUGCUCCUGCUGAUCACUGCUAUGCUGGACCUGGAGAUGUGUCCUGUGACGUCUGCUCUGGAAGAAAACUGAAAGCCAUCAAGUCCUGUUUGAACUGUCUGGCCUCUUACUGUGAGAAACACCUUCAGCGUCAUUUGGAUGUAGCUCCAUUAAAGAAACACAAGCUGGUGGAACCCUCCAAGAACCUGCAGGAGAACAUCUGCUCCAUUCAUGAUGAGGUGAUGAAGAUGUUCUGCCGCACUGAUCAGAAGUGUAUCUGUUACCUCUGCUCUGUGGAGGAACACGAGGGACAUAAAAUAGUCUCAGCUGCAGCAGAAAGGACUGAGAGGCAGAGAGAUCUGGAGGAGAGUCAACAACAAAUCCAGCAGAGAAUCCAGGACCGAGAGAAAGAGGUGAAGCUGCUUCAACAGCAGCUGGAGGCCAUCAAUCACUCUGCUGAUCAAACCGUGAAGGACAGUGAGGAGAUCUUCACUCAGAUGAUCCAUCUCAUCCAGAAAAGAAGCAGUGAUGUGAAGCAGAAGAUCAGAUCCCAGCAGCAAACUGAAGUGAGUGGAGUCAAAGAUGUUAAGGAGCAGCUGGAGCAGGAGAUCACUGAGCUGAAGAGGAGAGACGCUGAGCUGAAGCAGCUCUCACUCACAGAGGAUCACAGCCAGUUUCUGCUCCACUACCCCUCACUGCCACCACUCAGAGAGUCCACACACUCAUCCAGCAUCAACGUCCGUCCUCAGAGAUACUUUGAGGAUGUGACAGCAGCUGUGUCUGAGCUCAGAGGCAUACUGCAGGACAUUCUGAGAGAGUCACUGACAGCCACUCAUGUGGAUGUUUCACUGCCAGAACCAGAACCAAAGAGCAGAGCUGACUUCUUAAGCUAUUCACGCCAAAUCACACUGGAUCCAAAUACAGCAAGAAAACCAGUGAUCCAGGUAAGAAGAAAAAGAAUUGUGAGACAGAUACAACGACUUCCGUCUUAUUCUGAUCAUGCAGAAGAAGAUGCUACUUCCUGAUUGUUUGCUAUACAA